AUGGGAUAUUUUCUUAUGAUAGUGCCGUUUUUAACACUGGGACUUGGUGUUGAUGAUAUGUUCUUGUUGCUGCAUAACUACAACGAUGUCCUUCAUACUGUAAAGAAUAAUGAAAUAGGUGUACUAAUGAAAGAAACGGGUAUGAGUAUUGUAAUUACAUCUGUAAAUAAUAUUAUUGCAUUCAUGGCUGGCACUCUAUUACCCAUUCCAGCAUUAAGGUCAUUUUGCUCACAGGUGGUGAUUCUUACAGCGAUUUUGCUAACAUUCAAUAUGGUGGCUAUAAUGGUUAUAUAUCCGGCUAUGAUAGCACUUGAUCUUCGAAGGCGACGUUCGGGGCGACGUGAUUUGGGGUGUUGCUGUAUGGGAAGCCCUGCCGAAGCUAAAAAGCUUGGUGCAGAAUCUCUGGAAAUUACAUCCGGAAACCGUACAGUGAGUGACUUAUCCAUAGCCGGUCAUCUCUAUCCAGUCCCACCGCCUGCGCUGAUGCUGAAGAAAGCUGGUUACGAUGAUGACGGUGAUGAGAACAAAAAGUGGUAUACACUAACCGGCUUUCUUCGUUACUACUAUAUUCCGUUCUUGGAAAGACCAUUAACGAAGUUAAUGGUAAUCGUGGCAUGCUCGUCGAUGUUUCUGUUCGGUUGUCUCGGCCUCUAUCAGUCCACGCUUGGCUUGGAACUAUCGGAUGUUUUACCGGAAGGAACUGCACCUGCAGCAUUUUUGCGUGCCCGUGAGCAAUAUUUCAGUUUUUAUCCGAUGUAUGCGAUUUUGAAAGGCAAUGAAAUUGAUUUUCCUGAGCAACAAGAACAAAUCGAGCAGUAUCGUUUGGAUAUUGCAAAAUCGAAUUACGUGAUCAAAGUGAAUGGGCAUCCAAGCGAGGAAUACUGGAUGUCGAUGAUGAGAGCAUGGCUAAAUUCAAUCCAAAAGCAUCUUAAUGAUGCUCUCAAAAAAGGCGACAUUGAUCCGGUAACUGGUCAGAUCAAACCUGGCGCUAAGAUUUCCGAAGAAGCGAAGAUUGCACGACGGCUGGUGUGCUCAUACGGCAACAAUUAUAACUGCACUGGAAGAAUUAGCAAGAUAAAGCUGGUGAAUGGUGCUGGUUGGAUCAAUGCUGAUGGAUUUUAUAACUAUCUAACAGCUUGGUACAACGUCGACAAUAUGAUGUACUACGUAUCACAAGCUGCUUUCUAUCCAACGCCACCACCUUGGGCACUUACAGCGGAUGAAAGGGUUGUUCCUGCAGCCUUACCUCCAGCUUAUAGCCAAAUACCAUUUUAUCUGACUGAUUUGGUCAACACUCCCGUAAUUGUGAAGAUGAUACGAGAAAUACGUAGUAUUUGUGACCGGUAUACAGAUAUGGGUCUGCCGAAUUUUCCAUCCGGCAUCGCUUUUACAUUUUGGGAGCAAUAUCUUUACCUAAGUUGGAAUUUAUUCGUUGCAAUUUGUGUGAUUGCAUGUUCCGUAUUUAUCGUCAUCUCAGUUUUGAUAUUCAAUCCAUGGGCAGCUGUGAUGGUAAUGAUUGUUGUUGUAACGAUGACCAUCGAGCUGGCUGGUUUCAUGGGUGCUACAGGAGUCAAGCUGAAUCCGAUCAGUGCAGUAACAUUGGUCACAGCAGUUGGAAUUGGAGUGGAAUUCACGGCGCAUGUUGUUCUGGCCUAUUUAACAUCAUUGGGAAGCAGAAAUGACCGAAUGGGAUCUUGUAUGGAGCACAUGUUUAUUCCUGUAAUACAUGGUGGACUGUCCACACUUUUAGGUUUGUACUUUUUUCAUCAGCAACUCCACGAAGAUAAACAAAUGUAUCAAAUUAUGUGA